UUUAGAGAAAGUCUGCAGUCUUAAAAUUACAAAUCUCAAGGUGAAUCUGUUGUUUGACACAGUAAAUAUUACCGCGCUUAAAACUAGUCCGCUGGGACCAAAAUUGUAUUUUACUGAUGGGGACAAACAAUUUGGAUUGUAGUGUGUCGUUUGAAAUACCAAUACGAGACGAGGUCCAGUCUCCUAGGGCGUUACGCCUGCUUUCAUCUCCGAAUUAUAUUCGGAAUGAUUCUGAUUUAAAUGAAAGGCUGGAGAAAGCUCGGGAAAGACGAUCUAACGUUCUAGCUGAAACUAUAAAUCGAAAUGAGCAACAUGUUCAUUUAGCUAAGUCUAAAUGUGAACAAGAGAAAGAGAAGCUGGUAAAUCGAUCAAAUGAAUUAAUGGAGAAUCUCACGGAGGAUUUGGCACAGAAAUCGUCUAGGCGGCAACAAAUUAUCGACAAGAUAGUUAAUAGGAACAAGAAAGAAAUUGAGAAAGCAAAACAACUUGCGGAUGCCCGUGCUUCCCCACAAAGUAUCUUGCUUCGUCAGAUCAAUGAUGAUAUGUCCAAUAAGGAAAACAACAGACGUUCUCACCUACAAAAUAUAGUUCAUCAGUGCCAGCUGGAGCCUUUUCAUUUUUUAAGUGGAUUUAGACCUUAGAAUUCUGGGGAUCUUAAGAUGACACGCAUUAGUAAUUAUUUUCACCAGCGAAACUUACUACGAUACCAACGCAUAUAAAACGGUAUAGUCAAGCCUCAUGAUAGCGCCUUAAUCAGCCCCAACGUUUCUCAAUGACACCGAGUUUGAUUACUGGUGCCACAGCAAGCCCAGUAGACUAACAUCAAUCCUAGUAUGUGUAAACUAAUCAUUUACUUAGGCAUAAAAUGUCCACUGCACUGUGAAUUCUCACACCCAAGUAAUUUUUCGCAACGUAUUGCUCCUUUGAUUUACGACUUGGAUCAAAUCUAUUUGUAAAAGGCGAUUCCCAUCCUAUCAUAAAUAUUGCUUUUACUGGCUGGCCUUCGCUUGAUUUUCACAUUAUGAAAGGUUAGAAGAAACUUCCGAAGUGAGGAUAUCCACACUAUUUACGAGGUAAUACUUAGUUGUCAGUUCAUAGGGUAACUGUUGUCAUUAACGUCGACCCUUCGAAAUAAACCAAGUCAUAUGACGACGAUUUCGUAGUCCUGAUCAGACUCAUAGUCUCUUCGGGAGAUAACACGAAGGGCAAGGUGUGUGGUUUAGAACAGUUGUUUUAUUGUUCCCUACAUUUAACCUUUAACGAAUUCUGAUAUUUCUGUUUUUUAAAAUACUGCUUAUUAAUCAGA